AUGUCUGUACUCAACAUCCAAUGGCACUUCAUUCCCCCUCGGGCUCCGCACUUCGGUGGACUCUGGGAGAAUGUACAAGAUAUUGCAUCAGUUAUGGCUGUUUUUGAGAAGACUGAGUUGGAAAUAAUUCUACCUGAAAAACAUUGCAACUUGGACAACAUAAUGGAUCAACUCGGUUAUUCCAAACUGGUGCUGCCUAAUUGCUCUCCUUGUUUUGUCAACAAUUCUAACAGAAAUAAUGCAUUGUCACAGUCGGUCCUUUUCUUGAAUAAGACAUCCAAAGAUGUGUACAAUUUUGUAUGCUAUACAAGGAAUGAACAUCAGUUACUGCUGCUUGCGCAGUCUACUGAGUCUCCUACCACACAAAUCACAGAUAUUGAAAAAGUUGAGGCUACAACUAGCCUUGACAAUGCUAUGACCACCUCGGAAGUGAAAUAUCAUACCGACUGA